GAGGCUUAUCAAUCAAGUGAAGAAGAAAACAUCUCAGAACUGAAUACUUGGAAGGUAAAAAUAACAGACACAGCAUGUUAAGUCUCUUAUUUUGUGUUGGGGCAGUUAAAGUUAAAGGAGUUUGUAAAUUGACUUUGAAAUGCCGCGAUUUGGUUUAUCAUGAAAGAUCUCUUUUUUUCACACAUAAAAGGAACUCAAAAAAUUAAUAACUUGAGCUGAGAAAGCCUUAAAUGCAAGACAAUUAAGAUUGAAAAUACUUCGUCCAUUAAUUUUCAUUUAAAUCCAUUCAUAACUUUUUGAUAAUUUUUUUUUAAAAGGAAAAAUCAAGUGUUUAUGAGAAAAAGUCAGAGGACUUGCAGAUUAAACAUAAGCAAAUAAAAGCUGAAUUUGAGGAGCAAAUCGUUAAAUUUUCAAGUCAGCUUGAGGCUUAUCAAUCAAGGGAAGAAGAAAACAUCUCAGAACUGAAUACGUGGAAGGUAAAAAUAACAGACACCGCAUGUUAAGUUUCUAAUUUUGUGUUGGGGCAGUUAAAGUUAAAGGGGUUUGUAAAUUUAUUUUGAUAUGCUUGAGUCAUGUCAAAACUAGUUUAUUUAUUUUCGUAUAAAAAAUCACAUUUUUUCACACACAUAAAAGGAACUCAGAAAUUAAAAUUUUAUGCAGAGAAUGCCCCAAAUGCAAGAAAAUUAGAAUUGAAAAUACUAGUCCAAAAAUAGUUAGUUUAAAUUAUUCAUACCUUUCCUUUUUUUAAAUGAGUUUAAAAAAAAUUUUUUUUUGUAAAAAGGAGAAAUCAAGUAUUCAAGAGAAAGAAUCAGAGGUCUUGCAAAUUAAACAUAAGCAAAUAAUAGCUGAAUUUGAGGAGCGAAUCACUAAACUUACAAGUCAGCUUGAGGCUUAUCAAUCAAGGGAAGAAGAACACAACUCGGAAAUGAAUACUUUGAAGGUAAAAAUAAAAGAAAAAUCAUUUUAAGUCUGUUUUUUGUGUGCGUGCAGUUUAAAUUUAAAGCAGUUUGUAAAAAAUAACAAGUAACACAAGGAAAUGUCUCAUCAUUGUAUAUUAUUAGCUUAUUUUGAAUGUAUAAAUAAACUACCUAAUAUAUUUAUAUAUUAAGUCUUGAAUAUAUAUAUAAUGCAACUGUCAUGUUUUCAAAAUCUGUUUUGUUGCUAUGAUAUUUCAACAAAAUGUAUAAAUCUAAUCACUUAUUAAAGGAACAGUCUAGCAGUCUGAUGAAAGAACUAGAGAAUGUUCAGCUUCAGCAACAGUGCACAAUUACUGAUUAUAAGGAGCAAAUUUCAGAUAUGGCUUUCAAGUUGGAGGCUUUCCAGUCAAGAGAAAAUGAAAAUAUUUCACAAUUGGAAAUUUUGAAGGUAAAAUUUAGUACUUGCUUCUAUUUGUAAGUUUACGUUGAUAUACUGAAGUGAUGUCUUAAUGGUUUAUUUAUUUUGUUAAUGAAAAAAACCCAAUUUUUUUCCACACACAUAAAAGAAACUCAGAUAAAAAAAAUAAAUUUAAGCAGACAAAGCCCUAAAUGCAGACCUGUUUACUCUUACGAUUUUGGCGUACAAUGUACGAUUUUGAGAUGUCUUUUACGAUUGUACGCCGAGACCCGCCAAAACUACGAUUUUCAGAGAGCCGGUGAAAAAAGAAAAAAUUCCGAUUAAAAUUCGUUUGUUGAAGUUUUAGCCUUUUCCAAUAAAAAUCUACUGGUGAAUGGAACGAGAAAAACGAUUGGUUGUAAUUUUUUUAAAAGUUGUAACCAUCCUUCAUUAUAUUAUGUGCGCACUGAGAGGGGAGGUGGGGGCUGUUAAUGAAGGAGAUUUGCGGCAUACGGGACGCAUGGGUGGGGGGUUGGUCGGAGUGUCAAAGGUUAUAAAAAUAUCACCGCAACAUUGAACUAGUUGGCUGCGUCACCGGUAAUAUUUAUACUAUUCACUGCCAUCCCCUUUGACUGCUACCCAGCGUGUGACGUAGUUUUGUUCCCUUGAACUGCGGCGAUUGUGAACACGGAGAAAACUAGAGACGAGAUGUUUUUUUACAAUAAAAUACAUGAUCCCACUGUUCUGCACUGGAACGUUGGAUGUGGGCAUAUUUUAUAAGAGCUUGUCAGCGGCAUUUAAAAAAAAAUAUGUGUAGAACUCGCAAAGCAGCUCUUUACCUCAGCGAUCGUAAUACGACAGUUUGGUAUCACUACUAAUACUGCCCUCCCACAUCCCACCCCUUUUUUAAACGGAAAAAAAUCAGACGACAGCUCAAUUUUUUUCCCCAGUAAUGAGGGGGGUGGGGGUGGUUCUGCCCGGUGGAAAAAACUUUCGUCACCAGCACGGAAAGACGAAUUACUGACUACAGUGUGUUAAAACUAUGUCAUGUUCAAUUUUACAACUACAGGGAUCUCUUUUUGAAAAACACAAAGCAUAAGUAGCUUAUACUUAUAUGGGUAGGCCUAUAUGCUUACUGCGAAAUAUUGUAAUAUUUUUUUAUAGCAAUAAUAAUAAUAAUAAAAGGCCUAAUUAGAAUUCACAGAUUUUCAGAUGACGGUUGACUCUAUAAGAGACAGGAUAAUUAAAUAAAAAUAAAAGGCCUAAUUAGAAUUCACAGAUUUUCAGAUGACGGGUGACUCUAUAAGAAACAGGAUAAUUAUUGUAUGCAUAAAUGUAGGUGCAUUCUAAUUGACAACCCCCCCCCCCCCCCUUGUCAUACGCAUCCUCAGCGGUACAUAAUACGUAAUAGUUAGAUGGCCCUUUGUUUGACGUAAUAGUUAGAUGGCCCUUUGUUUUACGUAAUAGUUAGAUGACCCUUUGUUUGACGUAAUAGUUAGAUGGCCCUUUGUUUGACGUAAUAGUUAGAUGGCCCUUUGUUUGAUGCAAUAGUUAGAUGGCCCUUUGUUUGACGUAAUAGUUAGAUGGCCCUUUGUUUGACGAAAUAGUUAGAUGGCCCUUUGUUUGACGUAAUAGUUAGAUGGCCCUUUGUUUGACGUAAUAGUUAGAUGGCCCUUUGGUUUACGUUGACAAGGUGCGGCUGGGGGGGGGCGGGUUAUAAAUAUUUUAUAAAACUUUUUAAUGUUUAUUUUGCGUACCAGGUAUGUUAUACAUGAAUGUCCCAUUGUCCAAACAGCUUUGUUGUUCGAAUUUGGCUACAUUGACGGGUGCGCACGUUGCCUGAUUUUAAUGUUACCAUUAAUGGAAUCAGUUAUCCUUUUUAGUUUCGGUCCCCUAGUUUAGUUUACUUAGUGAGUAUUUUUACGAUAUGGCCUCGACACAAAGAAAUGCACGCGAAACCGAUGAUGAAGAAGAAACUUCUACCGAUAAACAUCAGCUUCAACAAAAGAUAAAGAAAGUUUAUAGUCUUGCUUGGAUAUAAGACACAAUUUAAUGUGUUGAGGUCUUCAUAGAAGGGUCCAUCAUACGCGCGCUGCACAUUCUGCAAGUCGGACUUUUCAGUAGCAAUCAGAGCCAAAAUGAGUGGUGUGGAUUUAGGAGAUAGUGUGUAUGGCGCGGUUCUGAAUAUUUAAAUCUAUACAAUCAACACCGCCACCCACAUUUUCGUAAUGUCAGUUUGGGGGGUGGGGAGGGGAGAGGAUGUUCCUCGCCAGAAAGUCCAUGCGGUAUUUAAAAAUACUACAAUCUUCAUCCCGCAACUCUGAAAGUCCUAAAAAAGCACAUUUAGAUCUCGAAUGCUGUAAAAUACUAGCCAAUGUUUAGUAGGACUAGGAAUUGCCGUCGCGAUGUUGUCAAGAUGUAUUUUCACAAAUGAACUCGCUAGCUAUACCUAAAGUCAGAAGUAGAGAAGUUACAGUAAUGUUAGUCCACCGAAUGGUAAGGCCACGUGUUACGUAUAAUUCGGUGGGCUACGCCAGUGGUUCUAAUAGUUUCGUUUCCCUGCGCCUAUGCCACACUACGUUUUUGUCGAAUUCUAAACAUGUACAAUUCGAAAUAGCGAAUACACCAAUAAAAUAAAGGGUUGGAUAAAAAUAAAUAUAACGUGUAUGUAGGUCACUGAGCGCCAUCUGGAACUGCAAACAGCGGUUGCUUAGUGGGUUACUGUUUGCACCACGACCGAAAGUUGUCCCAUUGGUUUAAAAGUGAAAAUAAAAUAAUGAAUUUUUAAAAAUAUUUCGCAACGCCCUGAUGAGGAAGCCGCAGCCACCGGAUAUAUACAACGGGUGUUGGGGGGGGCUGACUGCUGGUGUNCGUGGGUGGUGUGGGGUGGGGUGUCCCAAUUUGUGAUUUUAGUUUGACCUGCGACAGACUGGGAUAAUGUGAUCAGCACGUUAACCCAAAUAGUAAUUGAUAUGUAUUAGCAGAUACACGUCUGCAAAUCAAAGUGACCGCAGUUAACAGCUAACGUCAGUCAUCUACUGUUUACCUACAGUUCCAUAUUUUGACGCCAGCUUUAACUCGAUUCCACUGAACAUGCUAAAGGAUGAGUUAUUGUAUACAUUAAAUGUACUGUAUUUUUUAUUUAUUUACUAUCAAAAUACUGCAUUGUACGAUUUUGAGAUGAUAUUGUACGAUUUUAGGAGUUUGGGCGUAAACAGGUCUGUAAAUGCAAGAAAUCUAAGAUUAAAAAUAUUCCAUUAAGUUUUAGAUAAUCUCUUUAUGCCCUUCUUUAUUUAAUGAGUGUUUUUUAAACAAUUUUUAAAAGGAAAAAUUAAGAACUCGAGAGAAAAAAUUAGGAGACUUGCAGAUUAAGCAUGAGCAAAUGAUAGCUGAAUUUGAGGAGCGAAUUGCUAGACUUACAAGUCAGCUUGAGGCUUAUCAAUCAAGGGAAGAAGAAAAUAACUUAGAAGUGAACGCUUGGAAGGUAAAAAUAACAGUAUCCAGAAAUAUGAUUGAAAGAAAUUUCGUAGACCGAAAAUUGAUCGAACAGAAAUUUGGUCAAAUCUUUUUUCAGUUCACACGUUAAAAUUUUCGACCAAAUUUCCGUUCGAUCAAAUUUCCGUAGAUCAAUUUUUCGUUGACGACAUUUCUUUCUAUCAAAUUUCCGGUAACCAAAAAUAACAGACAAAUCAUGUUAAGUCUGUUAUUUUGUGUUAAGGAAGUUAAAUUAAAUUUCUUUGAUAUAUUGUAGUCAUAUCUUAUGUAGUUUAUUUAUUCAUACACUUAUUAUAUAAUCUCAGAAAUUAAUAUUUUAAGCAGAUAAAGCACCAAGUGCACGAAAAUUAAUAUUAAAAAUACUUGUCCAUUGAGUUUUAUAUAAAUUUAUUCAUACUUUUCUUUUUUUAAAUGAGUUUUUAAAAAAAAUAUUUUUUAAAAAGGAAAAAUCAAGUGUUCAUGAGAAAGAAUCAGAAGACUUUCAAAUUAAACUUGAUCAAAUAAUAGCUGAAUUUGAGGAACGAAUUGCGAAACUUACAAGUCAGCUUGAGGCUUAUCAAUUAAGGGAAGAGGAAAACAACUCAGAGCUGAAUACCUGGAAGGUAAAAAUAAAAUAAUUUAAGUCUGGUAUUUUUUAUUUGUAAAAAUAACACGUAACACAAGGAAAUGUCUCAUUGAAUAUUUUAGCUUAUCCUGAAUGUAUUAAUAAACUACCCGAACUAUUAAUGUAUAUAAAUAUUUAGUAUUUUCCCAAUAUUUGUACCUGUAAUUAUUAUUUAUAAAAAUAUUCCAAGAAUAUAUUUUUAAUUCAUCUACAUCAGGCCUGCACAACAUACGGCUCGUGGUCCGCAGCAACCAGUUUGCCGCCUGCGAAGUAAAGACAUAUUCUUUUUUUAUGACAAUUUUCUUAAUAGCUUUCCCCCCAUGCCUAUUUUCUUUCGGCCCCUAAAGUUUUCCAUAAAGUAUUACGGCCCGCCUUACAUUUUGAGUUGUGCAGACCUGAUCUACAUUGCAUUUUGUACGUCUCUUUUUUUUAAUAUAUAUUAUAUAUAAUGCAAAUGUCAUGUUUUAAAAAUCUGUUGUGUUGGGAUGAAAUUUUAACAAAUUGUAUAAAUCUAAUCACUUAUUAAAGGAACAGUCUAGCAGUCUGAUGAAAGAACUAGAGAUUGUUCAGCUUCAGCAACAGCAUACUGUUACAGAUUAUAAGGAGCAAAUUUCAGAUAUGGCUUGCACGUUGGAAGCUUUCCAGUCAAGAGAAAAAGAAAACAUUUCACAAUUGGAGAUUUUGAAGGUAAUAUUUAGAAUUUGCUUUUAUUUGUAAGAUUACGUUGAUAUACUGGAGUGAUGUCUUAAUCGUUUAUUUAUUUUAUUAAUGGAAAAUCCCAUUUUUUUCCUCACAUAAAAGGAACUAAGAUAAAAAUUUAAGCUGACAAAGCCCCAAAUGCAAGAAAAUUAAGAUUAAAAAUACUUUUCUAUUAAGUUUUAGAUAAAUCUGUUCAUACCUUUCCUUUUUAAUGAGUGUUUUUUAAAACAAUUUUUUAAAAGGAAAAAUCCAGUAAUCAAGAGAAAGAAUUAGAGGACUGGCAGAUUAAACAUGAGCAAAUGAUAUCUGAAUUUGAGGAACAAAUUGCUAAACUUACUAGUCAGCUUGAGGCUUAUCAAUCAAGGGAAG